ACGAUUGAUCAAAAUUAACUAUUCUUUCGGAUCCGCUUUCUGUUUGGAAGUAUUUGAAUAACUGUCGUGCUGUUUCCAUAGGCUGUAGAACAAAGAUAACGGGCACCAACAUCCACCAGCUCGCAUAAUUGGACACCUGUGGGCUAUGUGGUGACUAACUUGUGAACUGUUAGUAGGCUUGGAAAGGGGUGCCAGAAAGUCGACUUGUGAUGCACUGAGUCUUUUGCGUUUACCUCACAUCUAUGUUCUUUACCAAUGUGCAAUGUAAAGCACUCCUCACACCGAAUCACUGAGCUGUGCGCGCGGCAUGCCACAGGAGAGGAACGGUCACACAGGUAGAGGAACGUGUUUACGCACACUUGAAACAAGAGCGUGCGCCCACAAAAGUGCGCCCAUGCGCGGUGUUUGAACGAGCCAGACUGUGGAAAACAUCGAGAAAAUAAAGAACCAUAAGGACAGAUAACAUCAAAUACCAGACAAAUGGAGUUACCCAAAUGCCUGCUGCUACUGACGUGUUUUGUGCUUUUUAAAGGUGUGUGUCGCGGCUUCAACAUCGAUGUGUCGCGGCCGCGGAUCUUCACGGGUCCAGAGGGAACGGAGUUCGGCUUCUCUGUACUGCAGCACGAGGCCGAUGGGGAGAGAUCAAUGCUGGUGGGUGCUCCAUGGGACGGAACGCCAGACAACAAGAAGGGAGACGUCUACAGAUGCCUCAUGGGAGAUGACGUAGACUCCAACUGCACCAAGCUCAACCUGGGUGACACAGCGUUAGCGAAUGUAUCUCGGAACCUCAGGAACUCCCAUCUGGGCAUGACACUGAGCCCAGACACACCUGAGGGGCUCCUGGCGUGUGCACCGCUGUGGUCCCAGGAGUGUGGUACGUCCAUGUUCAGCACGGGUAUCUGUGCCUCUCUCUACGAUGACCUGGAGCCAAAAGACACCAUCGCACCCACAGCACAACGCUGCACCACCUAUAUGGACAUCGUGAUAGUGCUGGAUGGCUCCAAUAGUAUCUACCCCUGGUUCGAGGUCCAGAACUUCCUCAGCAACAUACUCAGCAAGUUCCACAUUAGCCCUGAACAAAUGCAGGUGGGCGUACUACAGUAUGGUGAGAUAGCGGUGCAUGAGUGGUCCCUGCGAGACUACCAGACGACUCAGGACGUGGUGGAGGCUGCCAAGAACAUCAGCCGGCAGGAGGGGCGGGAGACACGCACCGCAUACGCCAUCCACAUGGGCUGCACAGAGGCGUUUAGUCCUGAGCGCGGGGCGAGAGAGGGUGCUGAUAAGGUGAUGAUCGUGGUGACGGACGGAGAGUCACAUGACGGGGAGGAGCUACCGGAGGCGCUCGCCGAGUGCGAACAACGCAACAUCACGCGAUACGCCAUUGCGGUGUUGGGCCACUACAUCCGUCGGCAGCAGGACCCGGAGACGUUCAUCAAUGAGAUCAAGUACAUUGCCAGCGAGCCCGACGAGAAAUACUUCUUCAACGUCACCGACGAGGCUGCGCUCAACGACAUUGUGGAUGCCCUGGGAGACCGCAUCUUCAGCCUGGAGGGGACGCUGGGCUACAAUCAGAGCUCCUUUGAGAUGGAGAUGUCUCAGAUCGGAUUCUCCACUCACGCCCUAGAUGAUGGCAUCCUGUUUGGCAUGGUGGGGGCGUACGACUGGGAGGGAGGGGUGCUGAAGGAGGGUCGUGAGGGGCGCAUCAUACCCCCCCGAGAGGCAUUCGAGAGCGAGUUCCCCCUUGAACUCAAGAACCAUGCCGCAUACUUAGGCUACACGGUGUCGUCGGUGGUGGUUGGUGAUUGGAAGAGACUGUACGUUGCCGGGGCGCCCAGGUUCAAACACAAGGGCAAGAUCAUCCUGUUUGACCUCACCGCAGACGGAGAUGUCCUCAUAUCACAGGCCCUCAACGGGGAACAGAUCGGUUCGUAUUACGGUAGUGAGUUGUGCGGCGUGGAUGUAGAUCACGACGGCAUCACUGAUGUUCUGCUGGUGGCGGCACCCAUGUUCCUGGCAGCUGGGAACCGCGAGGCCGGCAGGGUCUAUGUUUACAGCAUGGACGGGGAUGUGUUCGCCCCUAACGGUACCCUGCAGUCCCAGGCCAAGGCCCAGGACGCCCGCUUUGGUUAUGCCAUCACCGCAGUGCCCGAUCUCAACCAUGACGGCUACGCCGACGUGCUGGUGGGCGCACCUCUGGAGGACGAUCACCAGGGGGCAGUGUACGUUUACCACGGAGACGAGUUCUACAUCAUACCACAGUACAAACAGCGUAUUGCGGGCUCGGCGGUGUCACCUCAGUUGCAGUAUUUCGGUCGGAGUGUGAAUGCUGAGAUGGACCUGGAUGGAGACAACCUACUAGACCUGGCAGUGGGGGCGCAGGGCAGUGCCAUACUGCUGAGCUCUCGGAACAUUGUGCAGAUCAACGUGACGGUGGAGAUCCAGCCUCACUCCAUCAACGUGAUCCAGAAGAACUGCCAGCGGGGCGGCCGCGAGUCCGCCUGCCUCAACGCCUCCGUCUGCUUCCUCGCGCGCUCACGCCUGCAACGCGCCUCAGGGAACUACUUCGAGCUGCAUGUCGCCGCCCUCCUGGACGACAGGAAGUUGACGGCUCGUGCGCUCUUCGACAGCAACUCGCAGCGCCAGACCAGCCUUGGGGUCCGCAUCCGCGUAGACAGCCCCACGUGCCACCCUCUGCCCUUCCAUGUGUUCGACACUGCCGACUACAUCCGACCAAUCAGCUUCUCCCUGAAGUUCAAGAUCAAUGACACGGAGGGAGCCCCUGUCCUGGACGAGGGCUGGCCAACCACCGUCAAGAAGUCGAUCCCCUUCUUCAAGGACUGCGGAGAGGACGAUGUGUGCGUGACAGAUCUGGUGGUGCAGGCCCACAUGGACAUCUCAGGAACAAGGCAGAAACCCUAUGUGCUCCGUAGUCCCCGGCGACGGCUGGCUGUGGAGGUGACGCUGAGUAACCUGAUGGAGAACGCCUACAACACCAGCCUCACGCUGCUCUACUCCAAAAACCUGCACUUCUCAUCGCUCAGCAUACGGGACGAUGCCCAUAUUAAGAUAGAGUGUACGGCCAUCGGCUCCAACACACACUCCUGCAACGUCAGCUACCCUGUCUUCCGCUCACACUCCAAGGUGAACUUCAUGUUGGAGUUUGAGUUCAGCUGUACAUCUCUUAGCAGUAAGGUGCAACUCAAACUAAUAGCCUCCAGUGAUAGUGUGGAGAGUGAGGACACGAUGGGUAACAAUGAUGUGCAGCUGCAGACGAUAGUGCAGUACGAACCAGAUCUCUUCAUAUCCAGUGAAUCCAAGCUGAAUCGGUACGAGGUGCAUCCCACACGGACAGCAUCAGAGGCCAUGGGACCAGAAUUCCACACAUACUUCAGGGUGCAGAAUCUGGGCUGCUACUUGGUGAGUAAUCUGGAGCUGAGGAUCAGCCUACCUGCUGUGGCCGCGGGAGACAGGACCUUUAUGUCAGUAGCAGAGGCAUUCACACACAACACGACAGGGGUGAACUGCAGUAUCAGGAGUGACCUAUCUCAGCUGAAGGAGCGGCAGAGAGACGUGUGGCCCCUCCACCCAGAAGACAUGCUGAAAGCAGACGUACUGAACUGUUCAAGGUCGUGGUGUGUGGAGGUCACCUGUGAGAUCCAGCAGCUGCUCAAGCACCAGUCAGCCAUCAUACGCCUCACACGAAGGGUUAAUGACAACUUCUUUAGACAGGCGAAGUUUAAGUCAGUACGCAUUGUGGGCUCGUACACUCUGGCGGUGAGGCAGUCCAACCUGAUUACACUGGGGAAUGCUGCCAUCUGGAGGGAGACGGUGCUGGAGAUUCUAAAGGGGCGGUCCAUCCCCAUCUCUCUCUGGAUCCUGAUUGGCAGCAUCAUCGGAGGCCUUCUGCUAUUGGCUCUCAUCAUCUUCAUACUCUGGAAGUUGGGCUUCUUCACCAGGAAGCAGAGGAAGGAGUCGGACGAAGACAAAGAGGAGUGAGCUGCGUUGUCACGGCAACAACCCUGCACCAUCAACCUCUCUCCGCACGAGCGUGCACUACAACGCUCCCCUGCCCCCUGUAAAAUACCUGACCUCGACCACUACACACACACACCAUUCCCAUGGGCACACAGAGCACACACAUACACUGUGCAUACACACUCACACACAGACACUUACCAACACUCCAUUCCCAUGGGCACAUGCACAGUACACACACAUUCACCUGCCCUUUUCUCACCUCCUUCAGGACCAGGCCUGCCAUUGGCUGUUCUGUUCAUUCCCCUCCUGCACUGACUACAGGGGCAGAGGUGACUCUUGUCACCAGGCUAGGCAGACAGCCGCUUGGGGCCCCCAAGCCCCUCCUUGGUGAAAACCAGCUCCCACUUUACUACAGUAGUAGCGAUUUCUGUUGUAAUGUUAAUUCCUUUGAAUUCUUGCUUGGGGCCGCAGCUACUGUAGGAGCACUCUCUCUCUCUCUCACAUACACACACACACACACACCUCUUGUUUCCACCAGGGCAGUGGUAGUACUGUAGGACCACACACACACACACACACACACACACACACACAGUUUCUGAACAGGAGGGUGGUGGUUGGACUACACACACACACCUUACACCGGCACACACACCAACGUUUGUAAUAUAGCAGUAUUCCUGUAUCAUUUCAUGUCAUGUGCAUUUAUUUAAGCUGCAGUUUCAUUACAGGUUUCACUUUUCAGCAACUCUGUAAAUUGUUAUCAGGUUUUUAAUUGUUAAUUGUCUUCUUUCAUUUGUUCGUUUUUUUUUAAACUGUUGACCAAUAAAGCUAUUUUGUAAACUGUAGUCAGAUGUCUUCUGUCUUCAUUUAGUAAUC